GUUGUGGACACAGGGUCGCGAGGUGUUCGGCGCGGCGGUCAACGCUGUGCUCCCUGAGAACAUGAUGCGCGGGAGGCUGGCUCUGCGGGGAGAGCGCCUUCUGGUGGACGGCAGGAGCUUCGCGCCGACGGGGAACGUGCACCUGGUGGGCUUCGGCAAGGCUGUGCUGGGCAUGGCAGCCAUGGCAGAGAGGAUUCUGGGAGAUCACCUGGUCAGGGACGUGGUCAGCGUGCCCCACGGGAUUCAGGAGGCUCUGAGGCAGGCAGACAGGCAGGGGGGACCUGCUGGUUAGCCCUGACAGUUGGAUCACAGUGCUGAAGGGAGCGCGACACAACCUCCCAGACAGAGACGCCAUGGAGGCUGCCAGCGCCAUCAGAGAGCUCGCCAGUGGGCUGGUGGAGCAAGACCUGCUCUUGGUGCUCAUCUCCGGAGGGGGAGCUCUGCCCUCCUACCCGCCCCCACCCCCCCGAUCACCCUGGAGGAGAAGCAGAGUCUGACCUGGCAGCUGGCCACCAUCCAGGAGAUGAACACCCUGCGCAAGGCGCUGUCUCAGCUCAAGAGAGGAGGGCUGGCCCGCUGCGCUCACCCUGCACAGGUGGAACUGCACAGGGUUCAACACUGCAGACCUGGUUACCUGCACAAGGUUACUAACCCGCACUAGCUCUGGGGGUUGAGAAACUAGUGCCCACUAUUGCAUUAUUAUUGUUAUUCUAAAAUGAUAUUACAUUUUACACUGAAGUUAAAUCUGAAGUUAAUUCUAUUCCAUUGUUAACUCUAUAGAAACUUGCCUGAUCGCUGAACAGAAAUUCAAGAAACUGUGUAAAAGACAAUUGGUACAAUAAAUAGUUAAUGAUAAGACUUCCAGUCAAGCCCCAACCCCCUAGAGUUCUGUUAAACAGUUCAGUUUAUUCUAACCAUUUUAAAUAACUUCCAGUCCAGUGCAUACACUGUCACUGCAAACUGAUAGCAACCCCAGUGCAUACACUGUCACUGCACACUGAUAGCAUCCC